GAUGGCCCCCAGAGAAAAAAACGGAAGUCUGAAGUUGCAGAAGUGGACAAGCAGCUAGACAUCCUGGCUAUUGGUACAGCAGUUGGUAGUAUUUUGUUGUACAGCACAGUAAAAGGAGAAUUACAGAGCAAGCUAGAUGGUGGUCAUGACAAUAGAGUAAACUGUGUGAGAUGGCAUCAAGACAACUGCUGCUUGUAUAGCUGUUCAGAGGACAAACACAUUGUGGAAUGGAACACACAGACCUGCAAAGUAAAGUGCAAGUGGAAAGGCGACAACAGCAGUGUCACCUCUCUAUGCAUCAGUCCAGAUGGGAAAAUGCUGCUGUCAGCUGGUAGAACUAUAAAACUGUGGGACCUGGAGACCAAAGAAGUCUACAGACAUUUCACAGGCCAUGCUACAUCAGUGUCAUCAUUAAUGUUUACCACAGUGAAACCUAUGAAUGAAAGUAAGCCCUUUGAUGGAAUUACAGGGCUUUAUUUCUUGUCUGGAGCUAUACAUGACCGAUUACUGAGUGUAUGGCAGAUCAGAUCAGAUAGGAAAGAAAAGAAUGCCGUAAUGUCUUUCACAGUAACAGAUGAACCAACUUUUAUUGACCUGACUGUAUCAGAAGUCAAAGAAGAGCCUGUGAAGUUAGCAGUUGUGUGCAGAGAUGGGCAGUUGCAUUUAUUUGAACAUAUCUUAAAUGGUUAUUGCAAAAAACCCUUAACAUCAAACUGUACUAUCCAGAUAGCAACGCCUGGAAAUGAUGGGGACUCGACACCAAAACCAGUCCCUAUUCUAGCAGCUGCAUUUUGCACAGACAAACAGUCUCUGCUGCUUGUGUAUGGAAACACCUUACAGCCCAUCAUAGAGAAAGUGUCUUUGAACACCACUGAAUCCCAUGUAUGUUUGAUAAGGGACAUCCAGAAAGUGCUGUCACUUAAAACAGAUGUUGCUCUAACAAAGGUAAAGACGCCUGUUGUGAACUCAGACACCAAAGUUCUAGUGCCCGGCAUUCCAGGACAUAGUACAGCUGUCAAAACUCCAUCCUCGGGAAAGGAGAAAAAGAAAAAGAAGAGGAAACCGGGAGAAACAGAGGAAAGCAUUGAAGAGCGCCUAGGGGCAUUGGAUAUUGAUGUGAGCAAAGUAAAAACUCCAGGUGGCCUUCCACAAACAGAUAGCUUCGCGGUACUUUUGGUUCAGGGCUUGGAAAGCAACGAUGCAGAAAUCUUAAAUAGAGUGCUUAACACAAGAAAGGAAAAUAUAAUAAAGAACACAGUAGCCAGAAUGCCUAUACAUGCUGUCAUUCCACUGCUGCAUGAGCUUACAAAGAGAUUGCAAGGCAACCCAUACAGUGCCUCACUAAUGGUUCGAUGGCUGAAGUCUGUUUUUACUCUACAUGCAUCCUACCUUUCCACAUUGCCAGACCUCAUUCCUCAGCUGGGAAUGCUAUACCAGCUAAUGGAGAGCAGAGUAAAAACUUUGCAAAAGCUUUCCCGUCUGCAUGGAAGACUCUUCAUUCUUGUCACCCAGGUUGCAGCAUCGGAAACAGCUCAGGAUGUAACUGAGGUUAAUCAAACUGCAAAGCUGGUAUACGAGGACGAAUCCUCAGAGGAGGAAGGCUCAGAUGAUGAGAUGAUUGCAGAUAAAGACUCUGAUGAAAACUGGGAUGAAGAUGAAGAAAAAGAGGAGCAAUCUGAUGAACAAGACAUGACUGUUGAAAAGGAAAUCAAUGGUGAUUCUGACUUGGAACCAGAAAACGAAAGUGAAGAAGAAUAACAGCACGAAGGAAUAAUUUUAACAGUUUAAACAAGUGGGCCACCAAACUCUAAUUCUGGAUCACCUUGCUGGAAGAUGCCGUAUUUGCAUAUAGGGAGUGCAGACCCAUGCACAGCCUGUGUGCAGAGGCACAUGUGGGGCACCGUGCAUUUCUGAAUCCAGAAUGUUUAACCAUGCCAGCCUUCUCUCGCCCUGUUUCCCUGCGCUUACUUACAGAAACAUUUCUUCCACCUCAUGGUCAGAUUAUGCCUGUCAUGUGGACAUGCAUUUGUAUCUCAAGUGAAAUAAAUCUGCCACCGCUGUUUGUGUGGUAAACUUGGUUCAGCUUUACAUUGAAUUUGUUUCAAAUAUUCAAGGAUCAAAGACAACUGGUCUAUACCUUCUUUCCAUGCUUCAGUUAGCAAUAGCAAGUGGGCAUCCUGCUGCAUUUUUAAAAAAAAAAAAGAAAAAAGAAAAAAAGAUAUUUUUGUAAUAUUUAAAUUCUGUACUGAAAUUAUUUUCUUCCCCGCUGCCCUCCCCCCAUCCUCCAUUGGUUUAGCCAUGCCUUGGCAAUAUCUAAAUGCCAACCAGACUUAAAAAUGGCUUUUUCUUUUUGUAACAAAUUUGAACUCAAGAC